AUGAUCCUGGGAAUUUGUGAAGUGAAUUCCUCCAUUGAACCAGCAAAAGAAGCUGAGCAAAGUGAAGCCGCACAGGAGUCAGAACAAGAAGUGGAACUCACAAUGAAUACGUCAAGUUCCAUGUUAGACUGUGGACGCACUCAGCUGAAUGAAAAAAAACUGAAUCUUCCAUCAAUACUUCCAUCAAUACUUACGCUGUUUCCUUUGUAUUUGAGCCACCUGCUGUUGUCAGAAUACAUGAACGGAGCUGGCGACGAGGGAUGCUCCCCAGAUAUGUGGACUUAUUCACCACUAAGUUUCCAGAAAAUGACUGCCUCCGAUCUUCUAGAAGAAGCUUCGGCGAAAUGCCUCUUUACAUUGGAAGUAACUGAAAGCUGGCAUGACUUGGAUAACACAGAGUAUGACUGCUGGCCUCUGGAGAAGCCUGAUGAAGUAAAUAUGAUAGAUUGUGGAGGUCUCGAGAUGGCAUGGGUGCAUAGGCCUCCUGGGAGGGCAUACAUCGGAGAACACUUUGAUGUCACCUACUCUGUUUCAGCGUCUGAUGAAUUUUAUCAGUUUGCAAUAAGAAAGGGCAUUCUGCCACACAGUUAUUUAUUUAUUACAGAUGCUGAGUCUGCUAAAAGGUUCUGUGAGGAACAAGAGUGUCCAACCAACUGGAAAGAUGCAAAUGGAGAAAACUGCUGUGUCCAUCAUGCUAACAUCCACUCCUGUCCCCUUUCCUUCAUGGGAAAAGGUGGAAUAUGUGGUCCUUGGAUACCAGAUGAUGGGCAAAUAUUCACACACACCUUAUCCACCUCUGGAAAAAUUACACAAGGGAACUGGACUGCCAAGGUUGUCUUACUUCAUCUUGGUGUAACUUCCUUAAUCGCUCAUAUUAGGGUUGGCAACAUGCAAGUUGCAUUGGAGGCUAAAACGUUGGUGUUACCUGUAGUAGUGUGUGGCAAUGGUUUGUGUGAAGACGAAGAAUUUUGUGCUACAUGCCCAGUAGACUGUGGAGAAUGUUCGCUCCCAAAUUAUGUUCGAAUGGCCAUUGCUAUUCCGGUGGCAAUCAUUAUCACAGGCUUCAUUUUGUCUGCUAUGUGGUUUCAAUACCAAAGGCAAAAAAUGUUUUGGGAUGAAAGUUGGAUUAUCAAGUACAGUGACAUAAAACAAGGUAUGAAGUCCAAACAUGUUAAUAUAUCAUUCCACAGCUCAGAAUCCUACCGGAAGUACACUCCAAGCUGCCAGCGCCUCCAAUGGCAGUUGUAUUACUACGCUGAGCUCCUGCACAGGGGCUGUCAGCACUUCGAGACAGCAAUUCUUCACCAAGACUGGCAGAUAGUGCAAUAUUCUGGCUUCUACAGAUUCUCUCUUCUGUCUAUGUCAUCUCUGAGCGAUGGCAGGAUAGUGGCUAUUAAGAAAAUCCCAAAGAAGACAUUUAACCUUUCCAAAACUAUACGGAGGGAAGUAAAGCAAGUUAGGGAUCUUGAUCAUCCUAAUCUUUGCAAAUUUAUUGGUGGUUGUGUUGAAGUUCCAAAUGUGGCUAUUAUCACAGAAUAUUGUCCUAAAGGAAGUUUGCAUGAUGUACUCGAGACUGAGGAUAUCCCUCUGAACUGGGGCUUCAGGUUUUCCUUUGCUAAUGACAUAGCAAAUGGAAUGGCAUAUCUACAUCAGCAUAAAAUGUUCCAUUCACGGCUUAAGUCCACAAACUGUGUCAUUGAUGAUCGAUGGGUUUGUAAAAUUACAGAUUAUGGCUUGGACACUUUCCGCAAAACAGUUUCUGCAGAUGAGUACAAUACGUACCAAGAGACUUCAGCUCAAGCAUACAUACCACCUGAAGUUCAAUCUAUAUCCAGCCAAGGGAAAUCUGCAGAAGCUGACAUAUAUAGCUACGCUAUUAUUUUACUGGAAAUAGCAAUCAGAAAUGACCCCUCAUCGAAAGGAGAUACAAAUUCAGCAGAGCACUGCUGCCUUCCGUUACCAGAGUUAAUUAAGGGUAAAGCAGAUAAUGCCUGUCCAUGUCCAUCAGAAUAUGCAGAGCUGAUCAGAAGGUGCAGAAGCCAAAACCUCGCACAAAGGCCUACAUUUGAGCAACUGAAGAAACUGCUUUACAAGAUGAAUCCGAACAAAGUCAGUCCCGUGGACAUGAUGAUGACGCUGAUGGAAAAAUAUAGUAAACAUCUGGAGCUGUUAGUUGCUGAACGUACCCAAGAUCUAAUGCAUGAAAAGCAAAAAACAGACACAUUACUGUACAGUAUGCUGCCAAAACAGGUUGCAGAUGAUCUGAGACAAGGAAAACAUUCACAAGCUCAAAGUUACACCAGUGCAACUGUAUUUUUCAGUGACAUUGUGGGGUUCACCCAUCUGUCCAGCACCAGUACACCAUACCAGGUGGUAGAUUUCCUCAACAAACUCUACACAACCUUUGAUGACAUCAUUGACAAUUAUGACGUCUAUAAAGUAGAGACAAUAGGUGAUGCCUAUAUGGUUGUUUCUGGAGUGCCUCAAGAGAAUGGUAUUUACCAUGCCAGUGAAAUUGCAAGCAUGGCUCUAGAUCUAGUUGCUGUGUGCAAGACUUUUCAAAUCCCUCAUAAGCCAAACACUCAGCUCAGGAUCCGUGCUGGAAUUCAUUCUGGACCUGUAGUUGCUGGAGUUGUUGGGACAAAAAUGCCACGGUACUGCUUGUUUGGAGACACAGUGAACACAGCUUCGAGGAUGGAAUCAACAAGUGAAGCACUCAAAAUCCAGUGCAGCUCCAGUACAUCUGAACUACUGAAACAAGUUGGAGGUUAUAUUCUGGUAUGCCGUGGGACAUUAUCAAUUAAGGGCAAAGGAGACAUGACAACUUACUGGCUUGAGGGAAAGACUGGAACAUCGACAAAGAAUAUCAGCCCAAACACCUCAGGAAUUAUUAAGGAAGUUGAAAGAGAAGCGUAUGAUCUAAUACCAGGGGUACUAUCAACUGAAGCACUAUCAACCUCCUUUUAA